UAUUAGUGUCGAUCAAAAUGUGAAUUUAUGAUUGGCACUAAAUAUAUUACAUAUAAUUAAUCAGUAGGCAAAAUUAAUAAUUCAGGAUAAAAAAAAUAAAAAUGAUUUGACAGUAGUUAUUAGUAGUUUGUACAAAAAUAAUUGUCGUAUCUUUUGAGAAAGUAAAUGAAACAUCUCUUGUGAAAAGCAAAUAAGAAUUUUAAAUAGUUACCAACUCAAGAGAAACUCCUAGUUCUAUGGUGAUUUCUGUAAAUUAUGCAAUGAGAAAACACAGAUCUUCUAUACUAUGCCGUUAUUUCGACGAAAAUCAGCUGCUCCAGCAUUACCUCGAACUAGUUCCAUAUCUGUAUAUGGGCAAGGAAGAGCUCAGGCUCUACAGAGAUCUAAGCAUUCUGACAAGAGCUCAACAUCAGGCUCUUUUUCUAGCAUUGACCUGGAUGACAGACCUCACCCACUUGCCUUUGCGGAGGCCACAUUCGACCCCAGUCUACCCAUCAAAACUAAAUCUCGUCUGUCAAAGGAUAUAGAAGAGAUUCUUCAUGAUAAUGCUGCUUUGGCUUACUUUAUCCAGUUCAUGGAUGCUCAAAAGGCUAAGCAUCUGGUUAAAUUCUGGCUUGAAGCAGAAAGUUUUAGAAUAUCUGCCGAAAUAAAAGAAAAGAACCAGAUUAAAAAGCUUGAGGAGCCUCUGACUGCUGAUGCAAGUGUACCUGUUAUAGUGUCAGAUAGCACAGGAAGCAGUGGUUAUGUGUCAGACAAAUCAGAUAAAGUCUUCCAAAGCUCUAGUCAUACUAUUUCCUCUGAUCUGAAUAAAACAAACUCUGAGAGGGAAGAAGUCUCUAAAGUUGUAAUAAAUAAAAAAGUACCUUCUGUAAAUACGAUUGAUACGAAUUCUGUUCCUCCUGUAAGUGACCAUAGGGACACAAAUGAAACAGACUCUUUGAGUGAUAAUACUCUGAAAGCUAAAUUAGGGAAGGUAGUGCAACAGAGCUCUUCUGUGGAUUCUGGUUGUGAGGAUCGAUCUAAAGACUCAAAUCUGAGUGUUGAAUUUGCAGUAGAGGAUGAUUUCAACGAGGACCAAUCAACUCAACUUAAUAGUGCACAAAAUAAUGCUAAAUUAUCUACAGAUCACAAAUUAAAGGGUGAUAAUUCUAUGAAUGGGCCUUGUGAUGAAAUUAAAUCUACAAAAGUGUUGACAGAUGGGCUUGUUAGGUUGGAAACCAGCACAGAGCAGGAUGCAAAUGCUAUAUACUCAAAGUACAUUGCUCCUGAUGCUCCUUAUCCUAUAGGUGUUUCGAAUGAGCUUAGAUUAGCAAUAAAAAACAGUAUAUUCAAACCUUCUGGUGAUGUUGAUUCCAAAUGUUUUGUACCUGCUCAGGAAUUUGUUGUCAAAAAAAUGGACAAUGAGUAUUACCCAAAUUUUUUACGUAGUAGUUUCCACUGUAAGCAUCAAAUAGAUGUAUUGACCAGUGGUAACGUCUUUCUUGCCGAUGUUCUUUACAAUGAUUCUGCCCUUUUCUUUUUCAUGGAGUUCAUGGAGCAAGAAGGAGUUCGACAUUUGGUAGAUUUUUUACUAACUGCUGAUAAUUUUCGAAAGCAGUUGCUGGCAAAGCAAGGCAAUUAUGAUGGAAUGCAAGCCCAAGCAGAUGCUAUGGUUUUGUAUGACAAAUAUUUUUCUUUACAAGCCACAAUACCUCUAGGUUUUAGUGAUUCAGUACGUUUUGAAUUGGAAGCUAAUAUAUGUCAAGAGAAAGGUCCUGAUCCUGAUUGCUUUUUGAAGCCAGUUAAAAUUUUAACUCAGUAUUUAGAAAAGACUUAUCUACUUCAAUUUUUGAGCAGCCAACUUUAUUUCAAGUACAUUUCUGAAUGCAUCAUCAUUAUUCAAAAUGAUGGUGCUGAUUCAUCAUCACAUCAAAAAUCUACAGGUAGCGAUAGUGGAAGUGAACAAAGCCUUCCAAUUUCAUCCAUCAAUACUUUACUGGCGAUGGAUGGCAAACAACCUGGUACUUCUAAAGCUAAAAGUGCUGACUCACAAGAGAUGAGGAUAGAUAUGUUCCAAUUUAAACCUGAAGCACUGUGGCAAAGACCAUUAGCUGGCAAACUCCAGAUGGCACAUGUUGAUCACCUUGGAAGAGUAACAACUGAGUUUGAGCCUCCAGAUCCUGAUAAAAAGAAAGGAGAAUCUAAAAUUUCAAAGGCAAUGAAAAAACUAGUCAAUUGGGAAGAAGACAAAAACCAAGAAGAAAUGGCUUGGAAAGUUGCGGAAAUGAUUGUUAAAGAUAUAUGCAGUGUUACGAUGCCAGAUUCUAAGUAUCCUAUUACAACAGAAAAUUCCCAAGGUUUGCAGUCCUCAUCAUGAUGGCUCCUGAUGGAAUUAUGAUUAUUCAAGUCUGAAUGAUUUUAAGAAAUUUCAAGUUUUUACAAAUAUGUUAGAUUCAAUUGUGAUAUGGACCAUUUUAUUUUCUGCCAAGCUUUAUUUUCUCCCUACUCUUUAACUCUGCUUACUUUUGUUUGAAUCACCUAUGGUAAAGGUCACAUCAACAGGUGUACAGUAUACAGUUAUAUAAAGAUAAUAAGUAUUUUGAUUUAA